ACUCCAAGGCAGCUCAUAGGCUGUAAAAAAAGAGGAGAAGAAGCGAGACGAACCGGAGGAGGAGUGGGAAGCGAGGAAGAUAUAAGGGAGGGGAGGGGGUGUGCACAAUGACACUGUGCAGUUGACUACACUGAGAAAGAGAGAGAGACACACACAAACAGAGAGAGAUAGAGAGAGAGAGAGAGAGAGAGAGAGAGAGUGUAGCCCGUCGGCCCAUUGAGGAAAGAUGGCUACAGUCACUGCAAACGGAGUGCAGCAAGAGAAUGGAUUCAGCACCACGAACAGCGCCGGCAGGAUGAACGGGCUUACCAUCGGCCAGAACACCAUUCCAAUGAAGGACCACGACGCCAUCAAGCUUUUCAUCGGUCAGAUACCCAGAAACCUGGAGGAAAAAGACCUGAAACCCCUGUUUGAGGAAUUCGGAAAGAUAUAUGAACUCACUGUACUGAAAGACAGGUUUACGGGAAUGCAUAAAGGAUGUGCCUUUCUAACAUACUGUGCCAGAGAGUCAGCACUGAAGGCCCAGAGCGCCCUCCAUGAACAGAAGACGCUGCCAGGGAUGAACCGCCCCAUUCAGGUGAAGCCAGCCGACAGCGAAGGACGGGGAGAAGACAGGAAGCUGUUUGUGGGAAUGCUCGGCAAGCAACAGAGUGAGGACGAUGUGCGGCGGCUGUUCGAGACCUUCGGCCAGAUCGAGGAGUGCACCGUCCUUCGAGGGCCUGAUGGGGCCAGUAAGGGCUGUGCCUUUGUGAAGUUCUCCAGCCACGCCGAAGCGCAAGCCGCCAUCAACAGCUUGCAUGGUGGACAAACUAUGCCUGGUGCCUCGUCCAGCCUGGUGGUCAAAUUUGCGGACACUGAUAAGGAGAGGACCCUGCGCAGGAUGCACCAGAUGGCUGGGCAGCUCGGCAUCUUCAGUCCCAUGACCAUCCAGUUUGGGGCCUAUGGCGCCUACUCUCAUGCUGUAAGUCUCAGCCCAGCAGGAGAGGAGACGCAGAUGAUGCAACAGCAAGCAGCCCUGAUGGCAGCAACACAAGGGUCCUACCUGAACCCAAUGGCAGCCAUCGCUGCUGCGCAAAUGCAGCAAAUGGCAGCUUUCAACGGCUUGGUGGCUACUCCCAUGACACCGUCCUCAGGCACCAGCACACCCCCAGGCAUUUCUGCUGCAGCCGUGCCAAGCCUAGCCACACCUCUUGGAGUCAAUGGAUUCAGUGCCCUGCCGCCUCAAAGCAACGGCCAGCCUACAUCGGAGCCUAUCUACACAAAUGGUAUCCACCCUUAUCCAGCACAGAGUCCAACGCUGACUGACCCUCUCCAACAGGCAUAUGCAGGCGUCCAGCACUACGCAGCAGCCUACCCUGCCGCCUAUGCGCCAAUCAGCCAAGCGUUCCCCCAGCAACCGACCAUCAUUCCCCAGCAACAGAGGGAAGGGCCAGAAGGUUGCAACCUGUUUAUUUAUCACCUGCCCCAGGAGUUUGGAGAUGCUGAGCUCAUGCAAAUGUUCCUUCCUUUCGGCAACGUCAUUUCUGCCAAAGUCUUUGUGGAUCGAGCCACCAAUCAGAGCAAAUGUUUUGGCUUUGUGAGUUUCGAUAACCCAUCCAGUGCUCAGGCCGCUAUCCAGGCCAUGAAUGGCUUCCAGAUAGGCAUGAAGAGGCUGAAGGUGCAGCUAAAGCGGCCGAAGGAUGCCAACCGACCUUACUGACUCGUCUGCUGUCCAUAAACAGGAUGAAGGGCCACAACACCUUAUUUCCACAAGUGCAGUAAAAGUACAAAGACUCCUCGUUCUGCUACAUAUCAUGAAGAAAGGGUGGUCCCUUGAUCCUCCUGGAAAACCGCUGAAAGAUUGGGUGACUGAAAGAAGGAUCCCAGAGUUGUUUUUUAUUAUCAUUUUAGUUUUUUCUUUCUUCGCAAAUGCCUCUUUUUUCCCUAUUUUGCUUUGGCAUCUGUGGAAGAAGAUUUUUUGAAGAGACCAACUUUUUGCUGCUGUUUUUUAGACAUGACGAAAAUAAAACUUUAUAGACUCAUUAUGCUCAAAGCAUGCAUACUGACACAAGAUACAGAUAAACUCACUUAAAAAAAAUAUUUUAAAAAAGAUUAAAAAAAUAAACCGAACAUACAAGAAAUUAAACAAGCUGCACUUAGCGAAUGAAACACUAAGAAAAAAUACUCUGUACAUGUAUAAAUACGUGCAAAUGCCAACAAAAAACUGAAGCAAAAUCAUCCGUGUGCACACACACACAGUAAUAUACACAAACACACAUACACCAGCCUGCUGCCAUUUUGGUUUUUGUGCCUACACAGGUGUUGUGCUCUGUGACAGGGCAAGCUCUGCAUCAAAGUGGAAAACAAGAAGAGGAGAGGAGUGGGGAAAUCCAGGAGUAUUUACAUGCAUCAUUCCUUAGGAAAUAGGGACCAAAGGACUAAAUGCUUUUUAAAAGAUUAUAAAUAUAUAAAUAUAUAAAUAUAUAUUUAAAAACCCAUACCUUGUAGCUGCAAAUAUUUACUCAUAGUCAAAAAAAGAAUCAUUAAAUCAAUAUCCAGUGGCUUAUUGUAAGAACGAAUAAAAGGAAAUGGAAAUAAUGUAUUAAAAAAAUGAUGAUAUGGAGUCAUAGUAUAGGGGCUGACCUUUUGCUCUGGAUGCUGAUUUAACAGCUGGUUGUAGAAUAGUGAUGUAGACUAGAAAAAAAAAAAACUACAUUUGCAAAAUUGUGCUGUUGUUAAAAAAUUUAAUUUGUCACUAAAAGGUGAAAAAGGGAGUAACGUAAACAUUUACCCAUGCCUUUGGGUGGCGUGUAUUGUUGUUUUUUUUGUUUUUUUCCUUUGAUGUAAAGGUAACAGCCACUGGAUAGCCCACUCACCAUGAUGUACAAGGCACUUCUCUCUUUGACAGCUGAAGAGACUGGUCAACAGACAAAAAAAGGAAAACGAGAGACAAAGAAGACUCAACUCCCUGAUGUCUGUGCUGGACAGCGUGCAGAUGUUUAAGGCUUCUCACUAGCCUUUGUGUUCAAUCGACAAUCCACUGUAAAGACCAAGUCAAAUGGACAUGAGGUGUAUUUUUUUCUCCUUUCUUUCUUUUCAUGCCCCUUGACCUUUUGUAUUGAAUCAUAGUGUGUAUUUUGAAGCCACACGUUGUUGGAAUGAGAUGGAUAAAAAGGAGACGGAUGACCAUGAAGAGAACAGCGAAAAAGCAUGAGAGAAGGAGUAAGGCAACAGCUACUGAAACUGCCAGCAUAAUGAACUGUGUUUAGUAAUGAACUCACCUUGUGGUUCUCUCUUCAAGUUAAUGCCAGAAAAAAAACAGGGAUGUCUGAAUGACAAGCCAAGGCUGCUUGUGUCCACCGUAGGCGCUACUGUUUAGACUGAGAAAAAUCUUCUUAUCUUUUAGCAGAUAAAAAUAAACACAAAUUCAACUUUAUUCAUUCGUGGAAAAGGAGUGAGGGCUUUUAGAACUCAUUUAGGUCUGCUAAACCUAAAUUAUACAAAUUCUACUCUAAACAUGGUCCCUGACUAGUUUUGUUUGCCCUGAUAAUACAUGGGGCUUAUGAGAAAAAGCCACAGCUUAAGCAGGCUAAAUCUUUGAAUUGUAGUAGCCCCUCAUCAACCUCACUCAGCUUAUAUAUAGCUUUUCAGAGUAAAGCACACCCGUGCUGUCACAUUUUGAUUUAUAGUCCUGUUGCCUUUUUUUUUUUUUUUGAUCGUUUUAAAGCUGUACAUGUGGACUCCUCUGUAAAGCCCAAUCAAUAUGUUUGGAGUCAGGAAGGAGUGCUUGUUGUUUUCAGUCACUAGAAGCACUUCCUAAUUUGCUCUGCAGAACACCAGUUCUCAUCCUUGCACCAGCCCUUCUGAGCACUGACAGCUGGCAUUAAGAGGCAGGGCAAGGCAAGGAGUCAAGCAGGAAGAGAGGAAAUCAGCAGCUUAUCACAUUUACAUCCUUCUUAAAUAAUGCUUCAAGGUUGUUGGAGCAUAAUGUUACUGACAAAAUUAGAAAUGGUAUUCAAGCCUUUGGUGACAAAUAUUAUGUAUUUGUGAUAUAUACUUCUACUGAACCAGUAUUUAGGAGUUUGAUAGGACCAAUGUCAAGUUCUUUAGGCCACAAUCCAAAUAUAUUAUCUUUACUACUCAGACUCUCCUUCUUAACUUUUUUCCUCUCUUGAAGUUCAGUUACAGAUCAGACUUUGACAUAACAAAGUGGAGGGGUUAACCAAUCAAAUUUGCCAGCAUAUUCAAUUUUUAUAAUGUUCCAUCUUUGUCAUUUAAAUGGUUUAAAAGUCUUGAUCCAAGCUUUGAUAUCAGCUCAUCUUAAUGACUUGUCAAUGUUUGGCCAUCAGCCAUGUCCUUUGAAACCACAGUAAAACUGUUCACCAUCACUCCCCUUGGAACAGAAAUUUUUAACCUGGCUAAUGCCUGCCCUCUCUACCCUUCAAUUAUCUCUGGCACUAUAUUAUACAUGAUUUUCACCUUUCUGUAAUCACACUGUAAUCAUAAGCCUCUAUACAUUAGCAGCAACCAAGUGAAAAAUCACAGGGAUAAUCACUUGGACCGAAUGAAAGGAGAGAUGGUUCCUAACAUGCACAUGGAUGACAGAAGGAAGAUUAGGGAGAAUUAUGCGUGUGUAUACUCUUUGGCAAGGCAGCUGACAGCUGACCUGGCACCAUUAGCACAGCCAAAUUUACUCAAAAAGUGGAGGGAUGUAAAACAAAACAUUCCAUACUGGUGAUAUAAUUGCAGGGCAGAUUAAUAGUACUGAAAACUAAAAUAGAAGGACAAUGUAAAAUAAAAAAUUAGCCUUUUCUUUCAACAAAGGUUCCAGAAACAGUUGCUUCUAAAAUGGGUCAAAACCAACAAUUUUGUAGGAAAUGCCUAGUCUUGCUGCAGCAGCAGCUGUGGGGCCUGUGCUUUUCUAAUACUUUGUUAUGUGCAACAAAAUUGCUUCUCAGUGGUCAGCAACAGAGGUCAACCGAUUUUAAAAAAACAACUUGCGUUUUUUCCUUGUAUUUCUGCUAAGAGUCCUCUAAAGCACAGUUUUGCUCAACUAUAACAUAAUAUGCAGAAGCACAGCUUUUCAGAAUGUCUAACAAAUUAGUCAUUUUAUUUUUCAGUGGAAUUAUUACAUACAAUUUCACCACGUUUGUUUGCCCCAUAUAAACCUUCGGUAUGUAUGUUGAAGAAUGCCUGAAGCAGGUUGAAAAGCCUGCGUCCCCUUAACAGUUUGUGUUUAUUAUCUAUUUGAAGCAUUAGCAUCAUUUGGCAGAAUAAUCUUCAAUGAGUAAUCAAAUGUCCCAUGCUUGUCUUGGCAAUUCCCUAAAACACAAUCAGCAACAUAAAUCUCGCAUGCAUGCUCCACUAAACUUCACCAUCUUAAAUAAAAUUCUGUAGUGUUCCCUCCCCUAAUAGCAGGUUGACUCCCCAGAGAUCCAAGAUCCAGCCCAGCUUAGCCUCCUGCUGUCUAGCUUGGCUGAUAGUGCAACGUUCAUGUAGCAUGUACCUGCUAUGCCAGAGCUAAAUUAGGAAAUGUGAAACCAGCAUUUGAACACUUUUAACAAGGGUGCUCUGAUUUUCUUUACACCCUGAGAAGGAUGAUGCUGAAGUAUCAUGCAUUAAAAGCAGAGACAGUGGCGUAUUUACACUGAAACUAACAAAAUGAGACAGAAAGUUUGUUCUUAGAAAUUUUGCAUUGCUUUUUCAAAUUUUAAAAGUCCACUUUGCUUUUAACUUCAGAUCUAUCUAGAUUCCAGUCUGUGAGCCAUAAAAAAUGGCAACCAUGCAAGCACUUACCAAGUUACAUACAAUAAAACAUGAGUAAAUGUCACUUGACACUUGAAAUAAUACAGAGCUGAAUAAAGGUUUUCAUACAACUUGAACUUUUUCAAAUGUUGUCAUGUUACAACUGCAAACUUUAAUGUAUUUUAAUCAUAUUGUUUGAUACACAAUGAAAAGUAGUGCAUCAGAUGUAUGUCUCUAACAGCUUUGCACAUCUGGAGACUGAAAUUUUGACCCCUCUUUUGCAAAAUAGUUCAAGCUCUGUCAACCUGUAUCGAGAGUGUCUGUGAAUAUAGAUUUUUAAAUCUAACCACUAAUUCUCAACUGGAUUUGCAUCUGGACCUUAACUAGGCCACUCUAAUUCAUGGUUAUGCUUUGAUUUAAACCAUUGCAUUGCAGCUCUGGCUAUCCCCUUAGAUUCAUUCUACUCUAGGAAGUUGAACCUUUGCCUGAGUAUAUUGUAGUCUCCAACAGGUUUUGUCUAGGAUUGCCUUUAGUUCCAUCUAUUUUCUAUCAAUUCCAACAAUCUACCCAUCCCCGCUGAAGUACAGAGUUCCCACAGCAUAAUGCUGCCAUCACCAUGUUUAACAGUUGGGGAAUGGUGAGUUCAGGGUGUUAGUUUUCCAACAUGCAGACUUUUGCAUGUAGGCCAAAAAUUUUAUUUUUUUCUAAUCUGACCAGCGCAUCUUCUUACAGAUGUUUUCUGUGUACUCUGUAGUAAACUGUAGUAAACUUAAGGUUGAAAUUCUAAUGGCUUCUUCUUUUAAUGAUUUAAUAAUGUUGCCAUUCUUUCAUAAAAUCGAGAUUUGUGAAGUGUCCUGGCAGCAGAUGUUACCUGUGGAUCUCUGGAGCUCCAUCAGAGUUACCAUUGGCUGCUUUAAUUAUUAAUGCUCCCAAGCCUGUCAGUUUAGGAAAACGUGCAUUUCUGCUAUAUUUUUUGUUUUCCAUUUUCUAGAUGGCUUUUGACAUCCUAACCCUGCUUUAAACUUCCCUACAACUUUAUUCCUGACCUGUCUGUUGGCUUCCUUGGUCUUCUAGAUACUGUUUAUUCAGUGAUGUUCUCUGACAAACCUCUGAGGCCUUCACAGAACAGCUGUGCUUAUAGUGUGAGUAAAUUACACAGAGUUCACUAAUUAUGUAAUUUUUGAAGGCAAUUGGUUGCACUCAAUUUUCAUUCCAGUUUAUAUUUUUGUGUGGCUGAAUAAGUUCGUACAGUACACUUUUCACAUUUUAUGUGAAAAGAAAUCACAAAAAAAAUCCAAUAAACUAUAUUGAAGUGUCUAGUUAUUAGGUGAUAAAAUGUAGAAAGGCUCAAGGUCUAUACUUUUUGCAAGGCACUGUAGUAUGUCAUCAUUCUAUCUGUGAAAUGAAAGAUUUUUUUAGAGCUGAUUUGUUGUUUUUUAAUGAGAACUUAAAAUAAGUUUCUAAAGUAUGAGUGAGGUAUCAGCCAGGAUAUAAGAAGGACGCAUGCAUAUUAUUACUUACACAGCUUGUUGUUUAGUGUAGCACAUAUCCUAAGAGGAAUAGAGUGGAGUAUGAAUAUCCGACCCACUGGGUGCAUAACACCCUGAAAUAGCAGUGAUUGUCAAGGAAAGGAAGCAAAAUGUAAUUGACUGAAAGUAGAGAGAUAAUUAAAGGAAACCGUUGGACAGGAGGGAAGAAAUUAAUGCCUCUCAUUUAAUAGCUGCUUUGGGAGCGAGCGGUUCCAUCGUCUCAUUUUGGCGCUGAAAAGGGUUUUGCUCUGGAAAUGAAAUUUUGGAUAGGAAAAGAUGCUGGGUGGAGAUAGUGGAAACAGGCGCUGGGUGGUGUUGGUGAUGGUGGGGGGUGCUGUGCGCUAAACUGAAACUCCACAAAAUCACUCCCAAUGCUCAGGGCAUCAGUCAUAAUGAUGUCAUGAUUAGUGGAGAGGUUCAGAGCCUUGCCUUACCCCUAUCUUUCUUGAAGAGGUCAAGCAGACGAAUUUGGAGACAGUGGGAGCUGUGUGACUGAGAGGACGCAGAGGGACUGAUAAACCAACAAAAUCUCAAUUUGGACCCAAAUAACCACACUUCAAUUCCAAAAGUAACAAAAAAGAUGCUAAUAUAUGCCAGAGUGCACAUUGAAUGACUGAAAGUGUGUGUGGUGACAUUUAACAACACUGAGAAACAGAGGUCAAGUCUCUUUUUUUCUGUAUUCCUUAAUGUAAAUAGCUUUUAAAACACUAAUAAGGGCAAGGCUCUAUAGCAACUUGUGUUGAGAAGCUCAACUCUGUGGGACAAUGAUGUCACUAUAAAAUGUAUCCACAGCAGUGCAGGGAUUUAGGAGAGUUUAAGUCCUCUUAAGCCCCUUAGGUUUGGGCUGUGAACAUGCAUCCCACAACUGUAAGCAUCAGACCAAGGCUUAGAAAUUGUUUGACUUAGUGUCAGGCCUAAGCCUUGGCCCCAAAGUGAUCCAUUAAUUAAGAUUCCGUGUGCACCAUCAUGUCAUGAUUUUUCUGACAAAAGAAAGAUUGCCAGCGCAGUAAUUGGAUUAGUCCAAUUGGAGCUGAUGAACAGAUAUGGUAGUGACAGUAGAGUUCAUCUGUCUGCAUGCUCCAUGCUUCACAGUGAAUAGCAAAUAAGGAGAAGCAAGCAUCAGCUACUUCUAGACUUUUAGAAAUUAAUCACAAGGAAAAGUUUUGGCUUUUGCAGCAGUUACAGAGACUUUCCCUUUUCAAGACGUAUAUCCAGGUAACAGUUUGCUUAGCAUGUACAUAAACCAUUUUGGAUUCAAGCAUUUAAUACACAAGGUUUAAAACUAUACAUACAUGGUUAGGCUGACACUGGAGGAAGGGACAAACAACAGAGUAAUCCCAGCAGAGCCUCCUGUUUGCUUGAUCCAGUCUGCCACUGCUCUCCUAACCAGACAGCUGCAUUAUACCUGUACAUACAAUAUAGCUUAUUUUUAAAUUCUGUUUAUCAUUCUUUAUAGGCCGUACAUUAGAUCACAUUCAAACAUAAAAAGAAAAACAGUAAAACAAAAUAAAAAAAAAUCUAAUAUAUUUCAGUGAAACUCAGAAAAUGAACUUAUUGAAUAAUUUAUCAAAAAGAGAAGAUGAAGUGAUUUUAUUUCUUGUAAAGUGAAACACUGUUGUUUAAAAAGGGGGAUUUUAUACUCAUGUCAGUAAAUGUUUUUUGUUUUUUUUCUCUUUUGUGUUAUUAUCAGCUGAAGCUGGGCAAACCCAUAGUCACAAGGUUUAAUAGGAUAUCCUUUGAUAAGUUUUCUUUAUUUUUUUGGCCACACAAUCCCUGUGUGAAAUCCCCUGCGGAUGGACGAGUUCAAAGAGAUUUUCCUCUCUGAAAGCUGUUAAAUCAAUACAAGAAUUAUCAAACUGCACUGUAAAAGGAUGAUUGAUGAUCCCGGUCUGUGGAUUCAGAAAAAAAAAAGUCUAUUGCCCAACUGAGUCCUAAUGGUUUCGGGUUGUUUUAAAAAAGGGAAAACAAUCUUAUUUGAGGCCCUUUGGUGUUCAAGGCAAGGCAAAGAAAAUUGGACCACAAACAAAACAAACGGAAAAAGAAAAAUAAAGACAAAAAAUAUCACAUUUUGCCAUUCAAUUGGUUUUGGGACCUAUCCUAUCAUAUCUUAAUGUCUUUUAACCACUGUUGGUGUCCUGUAACACUGCAUGUUUUAUGUAAUUUUCUUUUCAGGGUUAUUCAUCAUCAUUGACAUACAGUAUCUCUGAGUUUCAUAUUCUCUGCUCCUUCCUAAGGGAUGUUUCGACCACAGCUUCUUAUGUAAUGUGACUCAAUCCCAUAAAGACACUGUGCCAACAGUAGAUCAUGUGACAUUGCUUUGCUCCAGUUGAGUCGGUUUGUAAAAGGGAGUUGGGAAUUCUGCCUUAAACCCAGCACUACCUGUGAAGAGUGGUCAGACACUUUAUUCUGAGGAUGCCAAAAGCUGUUUAAAGCAAACAUUUAGCCAGAUUCAGUUUUAGCCUCAAGCCCAUUAUGACACAAAUAUGGAUGUGGUCAUCCACCUCCAUUUCCAUUGGUUGCAAGGACCAAAAUGUAAACAAACUCAGCUAGCUGAGCAGUUUGCUUCAAUCAAGCGUUCAUUGAGAACCUUUAAAGUUUUGAUUAUUAGUCAUUUGUAUUGUUCGUAUUAUAGAUCACUGCAUUCCCAGCUUCGCUAUGUAAUUUCAGUUUUCAGUUGAUGUGCAAAAUUUACUUAUCAUGAUUUUUAAGUAUUUAAAAAUAUAAUCAUGUAUUUUUCUUUGACUUGAAAGACUUUUGGUUAAUGUUUUCCUUUUCUGUUUGAAACAGAAAUGUAAUUUAAAUACCGCUGGCUGGGGCUUCUUUCCCUGGUUUGGGAUGAUAUCUCCCAUAGUGAUCCUGAACUCUGUAGUUCUCUAGUUAUUAUAUUCUGCUUAGACUAAAAUAAAGCACAGUCCUGUAGAAGACGAAACCUC